AUGAACAGCGCCGAAGUCGACAGACUGGUCAGGCAGUUGGCGCUUGGAUUUGAGACGCUGCAGGAUGAAUACCAGAAGCUGCAUGGACAGCACGAAGCGUUGGCGAGAAAGCUCGUGACGGCGAGAGAGCAGUACAACGAGCUUUCGAAGCUAUACGGUACCGAGCAAACAUCCACGCCACCGCUGAGCCUCUCGUCCGCGCUGGGUCACCAAAAGGACGAAUCGAUAGUGCCCUCCACCACGUCCGUGAUACUCGAACAGCGUGAAUCGACCGAGGCAGCAAGCAAAAUAAGUGCUGCAAAGGCCGCGGCAAUCGCACUCAAGCAAACACUUGAUGUGUCUCAACAUGGAGUGAGGAUAUGGUCGGGACCAGCAGCGGACCGCCCAGGCAAGGAAGGAUCGAGCUCCAUGAUGCCGUCCAUUUCAGAAUCUCCACUGGAGCAAGAUUUCACAGUCGAAGGCAGGCCGAGUCAACUUGGCUGCCCCUUUGCAAGCAUGUCACGAAAGAAGCUGGGGUCACAUGCAGCCAGCGUACUCAGCAGAUACAAUCAUGCCGGUAGCAUCGGUGCCAGCACGCCUCCCAGUGUUCCCAGUCGCGUAAAUGGAAUGGACAGUCUGAGCCGACGUCGAAGUAGGAGGGAGAGCAUGAUCGAUCCCAUCAAAGCGGAGAUCUGCGGGCUUUCCGAUCACGAUGAAGUGCCACCCAGGUCUGUAAAAGCAAUCUCGAAGGCGGCCAGUGUGAAAAUUCCACCCGUUGAGAACGCCGAUGCUGGGGUAUGUCCGAUUCGAUUCCUCGACCAGCACUCGCCGGAAGAGGUGGCGACAUAUUUCGAAAAACACAAGCACGAGCUGCCAAGGAGCCACGAAGACUGCGUUAUGCGCUAUCAAGGCGGCGACCAGGUCAAAGAAUUGGAUGCCAAAUAUGAUAGCAUAGUUGCCAUGAUUCAAGGACUGGGUCAAAAGCACAAAGACUAUCUGCCAGAGGAGCCCGAAGAGGAUGAAGAGGACGACGCAAGUCACUUGAGCGUCGAGAAAGUGCGGAAGUGGGCGAGUAGCGUCAGCGCACAAGCGCCUGCUGGCGAUGAGGCUGACGACGAAAAUGGAGAGGAGAGGCGGUCACAUUUUGAACGCGAUCUGCGUGACAUCCGGGUCGGUGAAUCGCCCAGUCGACCUUGGGGAAUACAAGUGCCACUUCAAUAUCUGGAGGUACAGAGUAAUGCUAGCAGCAAGCCAGUGCAAGUUAGCUCUCCUGGCCCCAUCGAAACCCUCCCAAAGGACUCAGACAUCCCUGAACAAAUGAAGGAGCGGCCAGCUGGCAAAUGUCCUUUCGGCCAUGGAGGGCCCGGAGCGACCAAACCUCUAGCUGGGACCACAACCGAUGCAUCUCACAUAGAUGCAGCUUUGCCUAGCCCGCCAGAGCGCGCGGCUGCAGAUUCAAAGUCCAAUCAGGAGGCCCAUCCUGAAGGAAAGGCCACAAUCUUUCGAAAAGAACAUGGAUCGCAAAUGGUCUUCAACGGGCCUGUCUUUAUUGGCUACAGCGUUGAAGAUGCGGUGAGGAUAUUGAAGGACAGCGGAUUGAAGACGACUUGA